CUUAAAGGGGCCGCGCCUUAGAAUGAGGCCACAUUGCAAAGGAGGCAAUUGCAGGUGACGAUGGUGGAAAAGAUCCUGGUGACGGGUGGAGCUGGCUACAUAGGUAGCCACUGUGUGCUGGAGCUGGUUGAGGCAGGCUAUGCGCCUGUGGUCAUCGACAACUUCCACAAUGCCAUCCAAGGGAUCAACAUGGUACCUGAGAGCAUUCGGCGGGUGGAAGAGAUUGUGGGGAAAGAGAUCCCAUUCCAGAAGCUGGACGUUCUCGAUGUGGCUGGCCUCCAGGAGCUCUUCAAGAAGCAUCACUUCUCAGCAGUGAUACAUUUUGCCGGUCUCAAAGCUGUUGGAGAGUCUGUCCAGAUUCCACUAGAAUACUACAAGGUGAAUCUGACGGGGACCAUCCAGUUGCUGGAGGCCAUGAAAGCGCAUGGAGUCAAGAACAUUGUGUUCAGCAGUUCAGCUACAGUCUACGGAGACCCGGCCUAUCUCCCUCUCGAUGAGAAGCAUCCGGUCGGAGGCUGUACCAACCCUUAUGGCAAAUCCAAAUAUUUCAUUGAAGAAAUGAUCCAGGACUUGUGCAAGGCAGAACCUGACUGGAAUGCUGUCCUCCUGCGAUACUUCAAUCCCAUUGGAGCUCACAAAUCGGGAAAAAUUGGAGAGGACCCGCAGGGAAUCCCAAAUAAUCUGAUGCCUUAUGUUGCCCAGGUGGCUGUGGGCCGGAGAGAGUACCUGAACGUAUUUGGGAACGAUUACAGUACAGUGGAUGGGACAGGGGUUCGGGAUUACAUCCAUGUGGUGGAUCUUGCCAAAGGCCACAUUGCAGCACUGAAGAAGCUCAGGGAGAAUUGUGGCUGUAAGAUCUAUAACCUUGGAACAGGCACUGGCUACUCAGUCCUCCAGAUGGUGAAAGCCAUGGAAAAGGCAUCAGGAAAGGAGAUAAAAUACAAGGUUGUUGCAAGGCGGGAAGGGGACAUAGCCUCCUGCUUCGCAAACCCGGCCCUAGCGGAAAAGGAGCUAGGCUGGAAAGCUGUCUUUGGGCUGGACAAAAUGUGUGAGGAUUUGUGGAGGUGGCAGUCGCAAAACCCCACAGGCUUCAGCAAGAACUAGCAUCUGGAAGAUGGCAUCUUCUGCACAGCCGUUGCUGCACCAGUGCCAUGCCAAGGACUGGUUAGCUUCUCACUCAGGGAAGACCAUUGCUCCUGUUAUUUUCCUCUCUUCCUUUCUCUCCUUUGUAUGAUUGA